CGAGUUCAGACGCUCUGAUGGGAACUCUCAGAUCUACCGUGCUGAUGCUGUGAGUGAGUGAGUGAGUGAGUGCAUCGGUGAGCCUCUGUAUUGUGUUUUGAGGAUUUGGGUUUAAAUAUUCAAAAUGGCGGACGGCGGAGCAGCGAGUCAAGAUGAGAGUUCAGGACCAGAUUCUAGAAUGAGUAAUCCAUCGGAAACAAGUAAAUGUGCAAUGGAGAGCGGGGACGAAAGCACUGGUGCCCAAACAAAUGGACUGGACUUUCACAGGCAGACUGUGCAAACAACAAGCGCAAUCACCAACGCACACGCACAGGCCUUGCUCCAACAGUUGACUUUUACUCCAGCGCAGCAGCAGUUAUUGCUGCAGCAGGCUCAGGCUCAGCUCUUAGCAGCAGCGGUGCAGCAUUCAGCCGGCCAGCAGAGCAACACUACAGGAGCCAGCAUCUCUGCCUCUGCUGCCACCCCCAUCACCCUCUCCCAACCCAUCCAGAUCACACCUCAAUUACAGCAGCUGCAACAGCAGCAGAACCUCAACCUGCAGCAGUUUGUGCUGGUCCAGCCGGGCCACCCCAUUGCAACACAGCUGCAGCCGGCGCAGUUCAUCAUCUCGCAGACACCACAGGGCCAGCAGAGUCUCCUGCAGGCCCAGAACCUUCUAACUCAACUACCUCAAAGCCAAGCCAACCUCCUGCAGACCCAACCAAGCAUCACACUUGCCACACAGCCUGCUACACCCACACGCACGAUAGCAGCGACCCCCAUCCAAUCCCUUCCUCACAGCCAGACGACACCAAAGCACAUCGACACACCCAGCCUGGAGGAGCCCAGCGACCUGGAGGAGCUAGAGCAGUUUGCCAAGACCUUCAAACAGAGACGCAUCAAACUGGGCUUCACGCAGGGGGAUGUUGGCCUUGCCAUGGGAAAACUUUAUGGAAAUGACUUUAGCCAGACCACCAUUUCUCGCUUUGAGGCCUUGAACCUGAGCUUUAAAAACAUGUGCAAACUAAAGCCUCUGCUUGAAAAAUGGCUCAAUGAUGCAGUGCGCGCUGUUUGUGCAGAGAACCAGACGUCUGACCAGGCCCUGUCCAGUCCCAGCUCUCUUGGCUCGCCUGGGCUGGGCUUGGAGGGCCUGAACCGCCGCCGCAAGAAGAGGACCAGCAUUGAGACCAACAUCAGAGUGGCCUUAGAAAAGAGCUUUCUGGAGCAGAACCAAAAACCUACCUCUGAGGAGAUCACCAUGAUUGCGGACCAGCUCAACAUGGAGAAGGAGGUGAUCCGAGUGUGGUUCUGUAACCGCAGACAGAAAGAGAAGAGGAUCAACCCACCCAGCAGUGGCAGUGCCAUCAGCACUCCUAUCAAAGCAAUCUUCUCUCCCACCACACCUCUGGCACUGAGUACAGCAAGUCUUGUGACCAGUAACACACCGACUACGAUUACUGUAAACCCAGUUAUGCCUCUCACCAGCACCAGUGUCUCCAGCAUCGGUUUUACUGGCACAACUAUUGGCUCAGCUACCACUAACACUGCAUCGGUCAUCUCCACUGCACCUGUGGUCACCACGGCAGCAUCCUCUCCUUCCAUCAGCCCUUCCCCCACCGCAGCACAGACGUCCUCCUCAGAGCAGGCUUCAGCUCAGGAGAUGGUGACGGCAGUAAGUCAGGCACCUUGCUCCUUGGCGACAACUCUGUGCACUGGGCAGGUGAUGGUGGCGUCGCCCAGCCUCACAGCCGCUCUGCAAGGAGCCGGCCAGCUGCCCACCAGCGCCAGCAUCGCUGCCAUGGCUGCAGCCGCAGGCCUCAAUCCUGGCCUCAUGGCGUCCUCUCAGUUCUCUCCUGGCGGCGCUCUUCUAAGUUUGGCACCUGGUGGUCUUGGAAGCGCUUUGAGUCCAGCACUGAUGAGCAACAGCACCUUGGCCACAAUCCAAGGUGUGUGGAGCGCUCUGGCAUCUAGUGGCACUCUGCCCAUUACAUCUCUGGACGGGAGCGGGAACUUUCUGUUUGCCAACACCUGCGCUGGCAGUACCCCUAACCUUGUGACGGCACCGCUCUUUUUGAACCCUCAGAACUUGUCACUGCUUGCCAGUAACCCGGUCAGCUUAGUGUCUGCGGGAGGGGCCGCGGGUGCCGCCGGAGCCCUCAACCUGCACAUCACCGCCGAUGCCCACCAGAGCGCUGUUACCACAGCAACUAUGCCCGCCUCCACCAUCACCACGGCCUCUAAGGCCCAGUAAAAGCUUUACCCACUCCUCUCCUUUCCAAGACCCCUUUCCUCUUUCUAAGUUUUUCUUUAAUAUCUUGCUACCACCAAAAACAAACCUACUAAAUGGGAUUUAAUGUUGUUUUAACAUUAUUUUAAUGUUUAAGUUUGUAUGUAACUUUUCACAUAUCUUUUACACCUUAAUCUGUGAUGUUUGGACCUCAUUGAUGGGUUGACUUCAACCAAAUCAACCUUAAGAGAAUGUUGGCAUCUCCAGCACAGAGCUUGCAUCAGGAGAGAAAACCUCCCUGGACAUUGUGCCAAGUCUCUGUGUGACUCAAAGACACAUUUGUUUCAGUGAACUUGCUCUUUUCUCCCAUUUUCACAUCAGACCUCUUCUUCAGAGGUAUUUCUGAAAUGCUUUUAACCAAAAAACUUUGUUUACUCUGUGUUGACUGAUACCUUCUUACUGCGGACAGUAACCUCCUCGUUCUUCUGUCUAUGAUCUCAUCUCUUUUCACUGGAGAUCCUGCUUUACAGAUGUUCCUGCCGCCUGGAACGUUUCCUUUUAGAUGCACAUGAUUUAUUUUUGUCAAAAAAUGGGUUAGCUUUAUGUCCAGUAUCUUACUAACUUGUGGUUACAAGGCUUUAAAUGGAGUAAUAAGCGGCUGUAAUGCGGUUUCAUUGCUUUAAGGAAUCGUUCGACAGGCAUUUCUUUCUUUCUUACUGUUUUCAUAUCAUUUUGUAGUUUACUCAGUAGCAGAAGACUAGUCUGGGUCUGAAUCUUCACCCAGUUACGGGCUCACUUAAUACUAGCUUUAACGAAUUUUGAGAUGAUUCGUCAAGGAGGAGUUGGCAACAGUACCUAAGCAGUCUACUUUGAAGCUUCAGUAACUGAGAGCUUGCAAGUCUUACGUUAGCAUCAGGACUGUGUAACCACGUAAGGUAAACCUCCUCAAGGUCUUCCUAACUUGGGAUGUACUUAUGGUAUCACCACCUGAUUGUGAAGGUGGAGGUCAAGCAAGAUAAAGUUGAGGUGGAUGAUGUUCAAAUUAGUUUUUUUUUUUAAGGGUCUUUGAUUUUCUACUUGUGCACAGUAUCUGUACCAAAAAACUGGAUUUGAGAACUGCAGUCUGCUCAGUUUUUAGCAGAACUUCUGUCACGCUUUAAGAGGUCUUUAUUUCGGAGGUCUUUGUAUUGCCUCUAUUUCAAGAUAUACCAAAAAUCUUUGUUAUACCUGUUGCUGUAUAUUGCUACUGUAGCAUAGUUUAAGCCUAAAUAUUUAUGAGCGAAGGCUCUCGUUAGACCACAGGAAAUAUAAUGCAAUAUUUUGAUCUUUUCCAAAGACGAAAACGAAGUUCUUUUAUUUAUGUUUUUUUCUUUUGUUUGAGAUGGCCGUCCCUCUUCAAUUUUGUAGUGUCAGUGAAACUAACCAAAUAGAUCUGAGGCGAGAGUAGGAUGAUGCUACAGCAUAGGACCAGUCUGAGGUUUGGGAUCGUCUCUUCUGCUGGUCAAUGAUGAGGACUUUGAGUGAGACAUAUAGGGGAGUCGUCUUCCCAUUCUGUUCAGAUAAUUGAAACUUGUAAACGUGGAAGUAAUGCAAGUGUGUUCUUAGCUGAUAGGCUUUUUGAACAUUUUACCUUCUUUGUAGUUAAAAGGUGCCAGAUUCAGUCCUCUGUAAUUUGAAAUCAGGGACAUCUCUGAAUUUUACAGAGCCCCUUGUCCCUCCAGCCCAAUGUGUAGGCUAUACCAUGGAGGACAGUAGUGGGCCUGAAAUAUAUGUUAUAAAUGGGUGAGAACUUAAUUAGGGGUUUUAGCUGGAUGGUCUGUUUUGUUUUUCCCUACCAAUGUAAUGCAGCCAUGAUGUAAAGCUUGAACCAAAGUCGAUUUCUCACUAGCUGCUGUGCCUGUGUGGGCCAGUGCAAUGCUGACCACACUUUCACUACUCACUACUGACAAACUUUACCAUCUAUUACACGUCUUUUAAACCCUACUCUUUUGACUUGCAGUGUCCAGCAAAUCAUGUUCAGCUUUCUCUAGUGCAGCGCUAACUUGCUUUAGAUCUCGAAAUCCAAGCAUUUAACGAUCCAAAGAGAAUCUUAAGGGCCUUGUGUUUAAGUGCUGUUGAGAUUUUGGGAGUCUGUCCUUCGUUUCAUUGUUUUACCUUCUUGGUGAGUCUUUGUUUUGGAUGUAACCUCAACACCAAUGCUGCGUUUCAUUGAAUGAAUAGCAAUAGAAAUUUCAAGAGUCUACCAAACUCUUAAUUUAAAUCCAGAAGAACCUGUGGCAGUGUAGAUGGCUCUCAAAUGGCUUCACAUGACAAGAAGGUGGAUUUUUAGUAUUUUAUUGGUACAUUUUGUUGUUGUUGUUGUUAAUGAAUGAUGCAGGCAGGCAUUCUGGGAGAAUUACAGUACUGUUUCAUCCGUAGCAUUGCUUUUAACACGCUCACAUUUUAAAUUCUGUGACAUAGAGGUCAGAGUCCCCCCUUACUGUCCCUUUCGUCUUCUGUUACUGUGGCGCUGUCUGUCAAUUUUUGUUACGACUGUUUGCUAGCGAUGCUUUUUGUAUUUUAUUGUUAAUAUGAUUUGAAAUACCUCAGCAGCACUUACAUGGAAGGUUCGCUUUAAGCAAAAGACACCAGAAGUCAACUCCAGAAUGUACAAAAGCUGUUUCUUACAGUCCAUUUUAAAAUGACCAACAUGUAAAACAAAACUACAAAGUAUAACAGGGAAUCUGUAAUAAUAAUAAUAAUGUCACAUAAGUCUACUACUGCUAUUUCAAGUACUACUACUACUACUUAAAGGGUAUGUCCAGGUUAACUUGUAAUGAAUAUUUUGUUAUCCUGUUUGCCAAAGU